AUGGCCCCUUCUUCCAAGCCAGAGAUCGUCAGUGGAGUUAUUUUCCCGUCACAUGCUUCCAGCUUGUCUGCUUUCCCUUUUCACGUGAAAAGCCCCUCUCGUUACAUCAAACAAUUCAGAAAAGGUCAACUGACGAGCAAACUGAAUUCCAUCUGCUACCUCAGCUGUUCUUUGCCAGUCAACUUCGACCAUUUUCAGAUUCUUCGGGCCAUCGGUAAAGGGAGUUUUGGAAAGGUGUGCGUCGUGCAGAAGCGGGACACGAAGACCAUGUACGCGAUGAAGUACAUGAACAAGCAGAAGUGCAUCGAGAGGGACGAGGUGCGCAACGUCUUCCGGGAGCUGCAGAUCAUGCAGAGGCUGGAGCACCCCUUCCUGGUCAACCUGUGGUACUCCUUCCAGGACGAGGAGGACAUGUUCAUGGUGGUCGACCUGCUGCCGGGCGGGGACCUGCGCUACCACCUGCAGCAGAGCGUGCGCUUCUCCGAGGGCGCCGUGAAGCUCUACCUGUGCGAGCUGGCGCUGGCCCUGGACUACCUGCGGCGGCACCACAUCAUCCACAGAGACAUCAAGCCGGACAACAUCCUGCUGGACGAGCAUGGACACGUUCACAUCACGGACUUCAACAUCGCGACAGUUGUGAAAGGGGCGGAAAAGGCUUCCUCCAUGGCCGGGACCAAGCCCUACAUGGGAAAUGAUCCUUAUUUUGCACCAUCUCCCUGGAAGCCGGCGUGGGCCACACGCCAGUGAGCCCUG